CAUUAUAGUUCCAAAAAAUAAUUGUUCCUGUGUACAUCAGAAGAUUUUUAAAUUAGGUCCUUUUUUUUUUUUUGGUAAACCCAUUUUCCUUUUUAUUAUUCUUUUGACAGGAGAGAAAUGGAAUCAUCUGGGUGGUUGAGGUAGAAAUGAUUUAUGUUCUUGAACUAGGGUAUUAGGACAUUUUCCUUAUAAUACACUCCCCCCUUCCAUCUUUUCCACUUCAUGUUUUAAAUUUUAAGUUACAUAAACAUUGAAAGUAUGGAUUUUUCAAAUAUUAAAAUUGUCUGACAUCUUUACCAUUAUCUGACUCCUGAACUCUUUCAGAACUUUUUAAUUUGCCAUGAACUUCAUCUUGUGCUAUCGAAGCUUGAUGGAAGCUCCGAUAGAUGUUACUGACUCCCUAGUAUACUACCAUCAUAAGGUUCUUCAAUCUCAGAUUUAAAGUAUAAGAAAAUACAGGGUUAAUGCGAGAUGAUGUUUUAUAUGAGGAUGAAGAUGUGAAAGAAGCCAUAAGAAGGCUUCCUGAGAACGUUUAUAAUGACAGGAUGUUUCGCAUUAAAAGAGCACUAGACCUGUCCCUGAAACACCAGAUCUUGCCUAAAGAGCAGUGGACAAAAUAUGAGGAGGAUAAAUUGUACCUUGAACCGUAUCUGAAAGAAGUUAUUCGGGAAAGAAAAGAGAGAGAAGAAUGGGCAAAGAAGUAAUCAUGCAAUUGAAAUCUGGAUGCAGCUGUCCUCAGAGUAUUUUUAUGAAGUUGGUUAAACCUGAAAUGUAUAAUUUAAGAACUAUUUGGGCUGCAAUUGUAUUACUUUAAAUAAAUAUGGUAAUCUUUGUUGGA